CCAGCUUUCACUGCGUCUUUCUGGCUCUGCUUCUCUAAUGUCGUUAGUCGAAAACAAGUGAAGAAGAAGGCAAGCAGGGCAAGAGAAGGGAAGGCAUGUAGAGAGUGCAGAGCAGGAUAUGGUCGAUGAUGAGACAUGGGGCAAAGAGGCUUUGUAAUGUUCAACUUCAAGUCUGCAAACUUUCCUCGGACUGUUAUUGCAUAACUGCAAUUCAAACCCACGCCAGAAUUGUUAAAUUAGGGUAUUAUGGAACUCGCCCAUCUCUCUUAGCCACUCUAAUAUCAGCAUACGCUUAUUGUAAUCGACCUAAUAUUGGUUCUCGGCUUAUAGACGAGAUCACAACCUGGGGUUUCGAUUUGAUGAAUGCAAAUUCAAUCUUGACAAGUUUAACUAAAUCUGGAGAUCUUCACAUUGCCCGUGAGAUAUUUGAUAAAAUGCCUGCGCGAGAUGUUGUCACCUGGAACGCAAUGAUUGCAGGAUGUCAAAGAAAUGUUAGCUUUCAGGAGGGGUUCAGACUCUUCCGGAGGAUGCUGGGCUCCAAUGUGGAACCGGAUGGAUUCACAUUUGCUUCCCUUAUCGCCAUGUGCGCGCGGGUUGGGUCGAUUAAGCUUGCAGAAUGGGUGCACGGUUUAGUGAUUGAGAAAAGAAUUGAAUUGAAUGCCAUACUGAGUUCUGCGUUGAUAGACGCGUACUCAAAAUGCGGAAAAAUAAGAAUUGCCAAAGAGGUUUUUGAUAGCGUUCAACACGGUGAUGUGUGUGUUUGGAAUGCUAUGAUUAACGGGCUAGCCAUUCACGGUCAUGCUUUGGAUGCCAUCACAUUGUUCUCACAGAUGGAAUUAGAAAAUGUUCCGCCUGAUUCUAUAACUCUUCUUGCUAUUUUGAAGGCUUGCAGCCAUUGUGGUUUGGUUGAACAGGGUCGCAAGUAUUUUGAUCUAAUGUCCGGACAUUACUCCAUUCAGCCACAGCUUGAGCAUUAUGGAGCCAUGGUUGAUCUCCUUGCUCGAGCUGGGCUCCUGGGAGAAGCUUGUGCGAUAAUUAAGGCAAUGCCAAUGAAGCCAGAUGUUGUCAUAUGGAGGGCGAUUCUUAGUGCUUGCAGGACUCAUAAAAACCCGGAAUUGGGCAAAGUUGCCAUUGCAAAAAUAUCAUGUCUCAAGAGUGGAGAUUAUGUCUUGCUUUCAAAUCUUUACUGCUCUCUAAAGAAUUGGGAUGAUGCAGGGAGAGUGAGAGAAUUCAUGAGAAGAAAGAGAGUUCACAAAAAUCGUGGAAAGAGUUGGGUUGAAGUUGCAGGAGUCAUUCACCAAUUCAAGGCAAGUGAUCGGUCACACUCUGAGACAGAAUCAAUAUACAAAUUGUUGGAAGCGUUGAUCAGACGAGUCAAGUUGGAGGGAUUCACUCCUACAACUGAGUUGGUUUUUAUGGAUGUGUUGGAAGAGGAAAAGGAGGGUAAUUUGCAUUCUCACAGUGAAAAAUUGGCACUGGCGUAUGGGCUUUUAAAAUCUAGUCCUGGAACAGAAAUUAGGAUUUUGAAAAACCUCCGCAUUUGUGAUGACUGUCAUUGUUGGAUGAAAAUAGUUUCGAGAGUGUUAGGCCGAGUAAUAAUCUUGAGGGAUCGGAUCCGCUUUCAUCAGUUUGAAAAUGGUCUGUGUUCUUGUGGAGACUAUUGGUAGUUGGUGCCUAGAAUACAAUGUAGAGAUUUGGGUCUGUGGGUUUGACAUGAGUUCAGCCUGUUCAUCCAGGGCGUCAGUAAUGUUGUAAUGUUGGAUUUAAAACUAUGUCUUGUAGUAUAGGGGUUCAGUAUAAGGACAACAAAGGAAAUUUGAUUAUUAUCAUGGAGAUUUUGUAAGGCUAUGGAAUAUAAUUGACAAACUAUGCUUUUUUUU